AUGAUACGUCCAUUAUGUUCAAGAAUCAUUAUCGCCUAUGUAUUCACAAUUUCCCAGUUGUUACUUGCCACUGAUGCGUGGUCACCCACAGAUAGUUAUGUUCCGGGUUCAGUGUCGUGUCCCGAUGACAUAAAUCUGGUGAGAGAGGCUACAUCUAUUUCUCAGAAUGAGAGCGCAUGGUUGGAAAAAAGGAAUAAAGUCACCAGUGUAGCUUUGAAAGAUUUCUUGACAAGAGCUACUGCAAAAUUUUCAAAUAGCUCGGAAAUUCUUUCUAAGUUAUUCAACGAUGAGAGCAACGAAAACCUGCCGAAAAUUGCUGUCGCUGUUUCAGGUGGUGGCUACCGGUCCAUGCUAACUGGUGCAGGAGUUUUAGCGGCAAUGGAUGACAGAACUGAAGGUGCUAAUGAGCAUGGGCUAGGCGGCCUUCUGCAAAGCACAACAUAUUUAUCCGGUGCCUCGGGUGGUAAUUGGCUAGUCGGUACUUUAGCUUUAAACAAUUGGACAUCUGUGCAGGAAAUUCUUGACAACAUGCCGAACGAUGAUUCUAUUUGGGACUUGUCGGAUUCUAUAGUUACGCCGGGUGGCAUUAAUAUAUUCAAGACCGCGAGAAGGUGGGACCAUAUUUCUAACGCCGUCGAAUCCAAGCAAAACUCUGACUAUAACACUUCUCUAGCCGAUAUUUGGGGCAGGGCUUUGGCCUAUAAUUUUUUCCCUUCUUUGUAUAGAGGCGGUAUAGGCUUAACUUGGUCUUCUAUUAGAGAUUUCCCAGUGUUUCAAAACGCCGAGAUGCCUUUCCCAAUUUCUGUUGCUGAUGGUAGGUAUCCUGGCACAAAGGUAAUCAAUUUGAACGCCACGGUUUUUGAGUUUAAUCCCUUCGAAAUGGGAUCAUGGGACCCUUCUUUGAAUUCAUUCACCAACGUCAAGUAUUUAGGAACAAAUGUUUCUAAUGGUGUACCACUAGAAAGAGGCAAAUGUACAGCUGGGUUCGACAAUGCCGGCUUUAUUAUGGGUACUUCUUCAACACUAUUCAAUCAAUUUCUCUUGAGAAUAAACUCUACUCACUUGCCUAGCUUCAUUACAAGAUUAGCAAGGCAUUUUCUGAAGGAUUUAUCUCAGGAUUUUAAUGAUAUCGCCGUUUAUAGUCCGAACCCAUUUAAGGAUACAAAGUUCCUUGACAGUGACUAUACCACAAGCAUUGUUGAUUCAGAUAGCUUAUUUCUGGUUGACGGUGGCGAAGAUGACGAAAACGUACCUGUUUUGCCGCUAAUACAAAAGGAACGUGAUGUGGACAUUAUUUUUGCCGUGGAUAAUUCAGCUGACAUGAGAUUGGCAUGGCCAGAUGGUUCUUCUUUAGUCCAUACAUAUGAACGUCAAUUUGUUAAACAAGGCCAAGGUAUGUCUUUCCCAUAUGUCCCAGACACGAAUACCUUCGUUAAUUUGGGCUUGAAUAAGAGGCCAACCUUCUUUGGUUGCGACGCCAAUAAUUUGACCAAUCUCCAGUACAUUCCACCCCUAGUUGUUUACCUUCCUAAUGCGGAAUACUCUUUUAAUAGUAAUCAGAGUGCUUUCAAAUUGUCUUAUUCCGAAUCCCAGAGAAGAAGUAUGAUCCAAAACGGGUUCGAAAUUGCUACCAGAAAUAAUUUUACCGAUGAUCCUGAAUUCAUGGGUUGCGUCGGUUGCGCCAUUAUGAGACGUAAACAGCAGGCCUUGAACAUUACUUUGCCUUUAGAAUGUGAGACCUGUUUCACAAAUUAUUGCUGGAAUGGCACUCUGGACACUACUCCAUUACCAGAUGUCGAGAAAGACGUACACCAUUCAUUUAUCAACGUGGGCAGCUUCAACAGCUCCAUAGAACCACAGGAAGGUCAUUUUGCUGAGUCUGCAGCUCUUCACUCAUCCCUUUCAUCUUCGACUUCAGGAAUCCCAUCGGCUACCGCCACCUUUGAGAAAAAGACAGCUGCGAAUUCUGGAUCACAUUUAUCUGGCAUGAGUGUAAAUUUCGCUGCUAUAAUUACGAUUGCCCUCCUAGCACUUACUGGAGCAGUGUGA